GAUUAAGUACGAGCCAAACUCGCGUCCUGCGGUAAAGCACAGCGAACACACCUUCUUUUUAGGCUACGAUUAUUUAUAUGCUAUUUAAGAUAGGCCUGUUGUGGUUAUUUAUUUUUUGAUUAAUAGUGAGUUUUAUUGAAUAGCAACCGUCAUAAACCAAACCUGUGGUGCGCGCGUAUGAUCAGAAUUAUCGAGAUGGUAUGAACGUCACUCGGUCAAGGUCCACUCCCGAUGCGAGUACCAAGAUUGGAUUGCUUUCCUAUGGGCCGAGAAAAUCUGCCGCCAGCAUUUUGAUCAAAUUCAAACAAAUUCCAUUAUUAAAGGGAUCAUUUGGGAACCUGAUUAGUGUUCUAUUCUACAAUGGAAGCCCUCUGGCACUGGAAGGUGGCCACACUGAAAAGAGAACUUUCAUUGCCGAAAAUAUGGAUGCAUGGAUUUUGUGCAAAUGUAUGAAACAAACGACAAGUGAUUCAUAAUCAUCUCUCAUUUCGGAGCAAUUAACGCGGAUUGCCGAAGAAAGAAAUUCGUCGCGUCAGACUGAAUGGACUGAAGGUUUAUUGAUGGCGCUUGACUAGGCUACCAGAUUUAAAUCUACAAAAGUUCAUUUUUAUUUUUUAUCGUAGACAUAUUUGUGAGCUUCUGAAUCAUUUGGAAUCGCCCGUUUCAGAUGUAAUUUUUUUUUACCAUCUCGCGGAUGUUGUGAUUCUGCAUGUUUACAAGGCAAUUGAUUUUACCGUAUCAUUGUCGUUUUGAAAGGCAAGGAAAUAUUGUCAUUUGGGCUACAUACUGUGGCCUUUACACAUCAUAUGUCACUAUACUGAGUUGAACGUAAUCUGUCAGUAUGUCGGCGGUAAUGAUUGCAAGGAAGGUACGAAAAUGGGAAAAGCUCCCGGGGAAAAACUCUUUCUGCUGCGAUGGACGCGUAAUGAUGGCCCGGCAGAAAGGCGUCUUCUAUCUAACCGUAUUUCUCAUCGUCGGCACCUGCUCCCUGUUCUUCGCAUUCGAAUGCCCAUACCUGGCAACCCACCUGUCCCCUGCCAUCCCGGUCUUCGCUAUUGUCCUCUUCCUCUUUGUCAUGGCCAUGCUGCUAAGGACCAGCUUCAGUGACCCGGGGGUGUUGCCGCGCGCCCUCCCCGAGGAGGCCACCUUCAUUGAGAUGGAAAUUGAGGCGGCUAAUGGGAACGUCCCGGCUGGGCAGCGGCCUCCACCUCGGAUCCGCAACGUCCAAAUCAACGGGCAGAUCGUCAAACUGAAGUAUUGCCACACCUGCAAGAUCUUCCGACCGCCUCGCGCCUCACACUGCAGUAUCUGUGACAACUGUGUGGAUCGUUUUGACCAUCACUGCCCCUGGGUGGGCAACUGUGUGGGCAAGAGAAACUACCGCUACUUCUACCUGUUCACUCUGUCCCUGUCCCUGCUUACCAUCUACAUCUUCACCUUCGCCAUCGUACACGUGGUGAUGCGUUCGGUGGACUCUGGGUUUGUGAAGACACUACAAGACACACCUGGAACUGUGCUGGAAGUGUUGGUGUGCUUCUUCACCUUGUGGUCAGUAGUGGGACUGACAGGCUUCCAUUCUUAUCUUAUCUCCCUCAACCAGACCACCAAUGAGGAUAUCAAAGGCUCAUGGUCGGGAAAGAACCGGCUGCAAAACCCCUACAGCCACAAGAACAUCGUCAAGAACUGCUGUGAAGUGUUAUGUGGGCCUGCAUACCCCAGUGUCUUGGACAGAAGAGGGCUGACGCAGGAUGAUUUGCCUGUUCCUGCGUCCACUGCCGCCCAGAGCAAUCCAGUGCCACAGACCACAAAAACUACAGCUCCACUCAUCCCCAACGAGCACACCCCUGACGACGCCAAGUCCAGCAUCGCAGACUCGGCCAUCUCCCACGCAGAGAAAGGAAGCCCCUCCCCCAAGAAGGAGAAGCCUUCCACUCCCGCCAAAGUCCCGCCCCUGGCCUCACCUGAAACUGACGUGGAGGCCUCCAUCAUUAUCGCCAAGGAGAAGGCGCUCUAGCUGCGUGGUGGGGGUGGAGACUCCUUCCUUGCCCCGCCCAAAGUCAGUUUAUCACUAAAAUGCUCUGUCUGGACCUGUGAGGAGACACUUUAAUCAACCUCUAUAUGAGUGAAAAGCAUCUAUCUGCCUGUAAUGAGUGGGAAAUGACUGCAGGGCUCUGACCCUGCUCAUUCCACCAGAUAUGUAGAGUUGGUGCCCCACACCAAACCCUGUCUCUCCCCUAACUCAGUGACUGCAGGACUGCUUGAUAGACAUUCACACUUCAGAAGGGUGGGGUUGGGUAUUAGGGGCUGGUGGCUCGGCACCUUUCUCGUUCCCCUGAACAUUGCGUGGAUAAACACAGAGAAUGGUGAAACUGUGGGACGAACUGCGAUAUCACUGGAUGCAGAUGACUAUAUUCCCCGGGUAGUGUGAGGCUGAGGGUGUCCUAAAAUGUGCACCCGUACCCAGGCACCUCUGGCUUAUGGCUACCUGUGGACUCGCUCUGAUUUUGUUAAUUCUACUUUUUCUGUCUUUUGUUUUUGUUUUAUAGCCGUGAUGAUGACUUUUUAAAAUGUGAAAAGGCCAGUUCUAACAUACUAGCUUUUGUGUUGUAAACCCUCUUAACACAUACACACUAUUAGACCGUUCUCAUCUUCUCGACUGAACCACACGAACAGCCCCCUAUGCAAUUAAUGGGAAAGUUGGCCGUUUGGAUAAUGAGAAUAUAAGGCCUGACAACUUGUUUUAGGGUGUGUUUUAACAGUAGAACAUAGUGGUGAAAGGAAACAAAUACCAUGGGAGGCAAUAUCUCAGCCAUCAUGUUGUCUCUUCCGGGAAGUCAAAUGACAGUACCUGAUUUCCACUGAUAUUGCUGCGUCGAGUUCUAUCCUAAUUAGCAUCUCUGACUAGAUUUGUUGAGAUGAAGGUGCCGCCUCGGGCUACCGUCCUUCCAUUUUUAUACUGUUAUAGCAAAAGGUCCAGUUAUUCUGGAAUAGUUGAACAUCCACAUUUGCGCUGACCGUUUGCAGGGGGUACACGCUCAGAGUUCCUGUAUCUAGCAUUAGAAAUGGACACUUUGCCACUGUCCCCGGAGUGUGUCUGGGUAGGCGUGUGUCAGUGUUGGGGGUCAUUUCAAUUCAGUCAAUUCAAGAAAGUAAAAUGAAAUAAAUGUUCCAAGAAACAAACAAACAAAAAAGUGUACCCUCUGAAUUGACUGCAUUUGUAUUGGAAACCCCAACCUUUGUGUGUGUGUGUGUGUGUGUGUGUGUGUGUGUGACAGAAGGCCUGAUUGCUGCUGACAGUAGACACUAGUUACAGUGCCUUAUCGAGAAGCUGCGCUAUCACAUGCGACUAUAACUGUAAGGUUGUCUAUCUACAGAGAAGACCCUCAGACUCCAGUUCACGACUCGGGCACUCCAAAUCGUACACGCAGACUGUCCAACGAGAAACAACGUCGCUUUUUAUAGUUACCAAUGAGACUGCAAAAAAAAAAAAAGAUGAAGUAAAGCCAUUGUUUAAAUGUACAUACCCGUAUGUAGGUGUUAAAAAAAAACUAACUUGGAUCUAUUUCUGAUGAAAAGAGACCCAGGUUGUCUGUUUUUGGAAAGUGCAUGUGUCCAGUGUUAGAUAUUUGCCUGUGUAAGAAGGCCUGCCCUGCUUCUUGCAAGUCAUGCAACUCCUGAAUUUGUCCUCCUAGCGUUCACUGUCAACUUGGUGUCCUUGCUCCAUGUCAUGAUCCAUUGAUGAGGAAAGCUUUCAUUGUUUCCACGCCUCCAUGCCUCACUCUUUCGCCUCCUCUCUUCCAAUCCAUCUUUCCCAGGGAAGAUGUUCUGUUCCCCAGGCAACAGAGUCACGGCCAAAGCCAUCUGCGACAGGCUCAUUAUCAAGACUGAAGCUGCUUUCUCUCUCGCUUUCUCCUGUCAACACAUUCCGUUAAUUUCACACCAAAUGGAGCAGAGGAUUAUGGGGGUUUGUGAGAGGUGGGGCAAGGAGGUUGAGAAUUGCAGGUGCUUCAGUUCAAGACAACUCGAAGGGACAGGAUUCACAAAGGGAUAAGUCUGUGAGACUGGCUUGCCUGACUGUUGGGUGAUGUGUUAAACUGAUAGUGGUUGGAGAGAGUCUGUAUUACGCUUUGUGUUGUAUGCAAGGCAGAGUAAUUGUGAUGUAUACUUGUAUAGAAACAGUAUAACCACGUUGACGGUGUCGUUCAGCCUUUUCAUAUGCCCAAGAUAAUUGUACCCCACGAUGAAGAGGGGACUGUAGAUCUGUGUCCGUCCUUUCAUUCAUACGUUAGUCAGACGCGAUAUCUCAGACUGCCACUGGCCCUGUAUUGAUGAAACUUGGGUGAAUGAUGUAUCUUGCCAUAGAGAUCCAGUAUCUACUAAAUUAUACUGAUUGGCCCAAAGCGAAAAUGUGUUUAGUCAACACGCAUUAUCUCAAUUGGCCCAAAUGAGGGCAGUGCAUCAUGUUUACUAUUGCCUUAUUUAUAUAUGAACAGAAUGAUACUGAAAUAAUCAGAUUUAAUGAAUGGUAAGGAUUGCAGAGCUACUGUAUAGGGCCAAGCAGUGUGUUUAUACUUUUGUUGAUUUCAUUUCACAAAGAGUCUCUUUUCCGGUGUAUUUUUUAUUGGAAAUGUGAGUAGGGGAGUUACUAGUUGUUUCCAUCUAGGCCCUUGCAGUGUUUUUCUCACUUUUAUUUUUAAAAUCUGGAGUAGACUUUACAACAAUCUGGUGAAGUUCAUGGAAGGGAUUUACUUUAGGGAAGGAAAGAUCAAAUCCAUAUUCACUUGCGUAGUCUACAGAUUCUGGAAGGAUACUUGUGCUGUUGCCCCUCAACGCCGGUCAGGGUCAGUUUAGAGUUUUCCACACCAAUGGUCUCUGCGUCCAGUAUGAACAAAGUUGGAGGUAGUUUCGCUAGGCAAUGCUAACUAGAGUUAGCAACUUCCUUCAAAACCGCACGCAGAGCCACACAAAUGCUAUCCUUGAGUUCAUCUGACUCUGGGGAAGUAGAUAAAGGUUCCCAUUGACAAAAUCCCAAAGUAUCCCUUUAAGGUUAGGAUUGGGGGAGGGGAAGCCGAUCCUACUAUAGAUCUGUACCUAGGGGAAGUUUUACCCCGGAGCUGCUGAGAAUGUAAGCCGCCUUCUGAAAUGGACAACAAAUGGAUGUUUUAAUCAAAUAGUGGUGUACAGUAUUUCCUGAAUGUGUGUGUGUGUGUGUGUAUUGAGAAGGCCUUUCAGGAAAUCUAUUAAUUUUUAUUUUUUAUCUAUUUUUGUCUUUCGGAGCAGUUGUUAGGUAAACCAAUCCUAUCAAUUUAAGUUGAUUUGUUUCCCCCCUGAAUAGUAUUCUGUUCUAGCCAGUUGUAAAAAUUCUCUCUCCGUAGAUAACUGUGCUGCUGCAUUGCUGUCAAUGGAAAGUGUGACCGUAUUGGUGAUUGUGAUUUAACAAAUGAAAAAGGGAAUGUUCAUGUUAAAGUUUAAGCUGGUUGAAAGAUAAUUGAAGGAAUUGGACCCUUGUACUAUUAAUGUUAUCGUUAUGGGCAUAUAGUAAUUGUCGAUACAAUGACUUGGGAAGUUUGGACUUUUUUCUCUCAAUGUUUGGAUGUAUAUUUUUGAUUUAUAAUGUGAAAAGUACGUGACGAGGGUCUCUGAUCUGAAUGCUCUGAUCUACAUAACACCGUACGUAAUGCAGUAGAUACAAUACCACAGAUGGACUAAUAUUUAUGUUCACAUUGUUUAGUAAUAACAUUGUGAUUACGUAUAUUUCAUGAUAUUUCUCACUUCUUUUUACAUGAUUGAUUGACAUGUCUGGUAAUUGAAUGAUGUUGUCAUUAUUAUUAA